AUGGGUGACGAUAAUAAUGAGCGGGGAAUCCGCAUCGCAAUCGAUCGCGGAGGAACCUUCACGGACUGUGUUGGAAAUCCAGGAACUGGGGAUAUGAAAGAUGAUGUGAUUAUCAAGCUCCUAUCCGAAGAUCCGUCGAAUUAUGACGAUGCUCCGCUGGAGGGAAUCAGGCGAUUAAUGUCAAAGUUCACGGGCAAUGAAAUUCCACGAGGCACUCCCUUAAAUACAUCCAAGAUAGAGUCGAUACGGAUGGGAACCACGGUCGCGACUAAUGCUCUGUUGGAACGCAAGGGAGAAGCCAUUGCCAUGGUGGUUACCAAAGGAUUCAAAGAUUGCUUGGAGAUUGGCAAUCAAUCACGACCGCGCAUCUUUGACCUUGGUAUAAAAAAACCAGAAGUUCUAUAUGAUUGUGUUCUCGAGAUUGAUGAGCGCGUGACUUUGGAGGACUACGCUGAAGACCCAGAGAGAAAUAUCACUGCGGUUGAACCAGGGGACUCCAAGAACGGUCUAUCUGCUGAUCUGGUCAAAGGCUUGUCAUCCGAAGCAGUGAGGAUUCUUCGGAGGCCAAAUAAGGAGAUAAUCGAAGAGCAGUUACAACAGGUCUACGACAAAGGAAUACGAAGCAUAGCAGUUUGUCUAAUGCACGGGUACACGUUUCCCGACCAUGAAGCAUUGGUGGGUAAAGUUGCAAAACGGAUCGGCUUUAGUCACAUUUCACUUAGUCACGAAUUAAUGCCAAUGAUCAAACUGGUCCCAAGGGCCACUUCAGCAUGCGCAGAUGCGUAUCUCACACCUGCUAUCAAGAAGUAUAUUGCUGGCUUCCAGAAAGGCUUUGAGGGUGGCCUCGGAAGCGAAAGUGUGAAGGAAGAAAGUGGAUCGAAGGGAGCAAGAUGCGAAUUUAUGCAAAGUGACGGUGGGCUUGUUGACGUGGAGAAAUUCUCUGGUCUGAAAGCAAUUCUUUCUGGACCAGCAGGUGGAGUUGUCGGCUAUGCUCUCACCUCUUUUGAUGCCAAAUCAGAGAAGCCCCCUGGUGUUAUCGGAUUUGAUAUGGGCGGCACAUCUACAGACGUGUCAAGGUUUGGCGGUAGGUAUGAACAUGUUUUCGAGACGACGACUGCUGGUGUUACGAUCCAGUCUCCUCAGCUAGAUAUCAACACCGUUGCAGCUGGCGGCGGUUCUCAAUUGUUUUUCAAAAACGGACUGUUCGUUGUUGGCCCUGAGUCCGCUGGCGCGCAUCCUGGUCCAGCCUGUUAUAGAAAGGGUGGUCCAGCCACAGUUACCGAUGCUAACUUGGUUCUAAAUCGAUUGUUGCCUGAUUUCUUUCCUAGGAUCUUCGGAAAGAACGAAGAUGAAGGACUUGACGUCGACGCGAGCAAUAAAGUCUUGCAAGAUUUGACUGAGCAAGUAAAUAAAGAAACUGGCAAAAGCAUGAGCGUCGACGAGGUUGCAUACGGAUUCUUGACGGUUGCCAAUGAGACCAUGACGAGACCCAUCCGGUCAUUGACAGAAGCCAAGGGUCACGAUACCUCUAAGCAUAGGCUUGCAACUUUUGGUGGAGCGGGUGGCCAACACGCGGUUGCAAUAGCCGAAAGCCUUGGGAUAAAGCAGAUUCUUGUUCAUCGUUACUCUUCAGUGUUAUCAGCCUACGGCAUGGCGUUGGCCGAUGUGGUCGACGAGAGGCAGGAACCCGAGUCGAAGGUUUGGGAUAUAGUAGAAGGUAAAAAUGAAUCGUUGAGGAUCAAGAUUGAAGAGUUAAAAGAGAAGUCCAAACAAGCCCUACACGAUCAAGGUUUUGGCGAUAAAGCGAUCGUUUACGAAGAAUACCUCAACAUGCGUUAUAGAGGCACAGAAUCUGCCUUGAUGAUCGUGAAGCCGGAAGGGAAGGAUUUCGCCUUUGGAGAUGCGUUUGUCGAGCAACAUCAGCAAGAGUUUGGAUUUACGUUUCCAGAUCGAGAUAUUAUUGUUGAUGACGUGCGCGUUCGUGGCAUUGGAAAAAGCUUUCAGGGGCUUGAUAAGUCUGUUGACGUGCAACUGAAAGAGAUCAAGCCGAAGGACAUAGAGAGUGGUAAGAAAGAAUACAAACGUACUCGUGUUUACUUUGGUGGUAAGCGAGAAGAGACACCAAUCUACAAAUUGGAGGACCUAGAAGUCGGCGAUCGAGCCAAAGGUCCUGCUAUUCUGGCAGACGGAACUCAGACUAUUGUCAUUACGCCAACUUCCACAGCUCUGGUCAUUGAAACACACAUUGUUAUCAAUAUCGCGGAUGAUGACAACAAGGAGCCAGGGAGAUCGGAGUCCUCCAAAGAUGUCGAUCCUAUAAUGCUCAGCAUAUUUGCACAUCGUUUUAUGGCUAUUGCUGAGCAGAUGGGACGAGCCCUCCAAAAAACAAGUGUGAGUACGAAUGUCAAAGAGCGACUUGAUUAUAGUUGUGCGUUGUUUGAUCCAACUGGUGGACUUGUAGCAAAUGCCCCCCAUUUACCAGUGCAUUUGGGCUCGAUGUCGACAUGUGUCAAGAGGCAAGCCGAGAUCUGGAAAGGCAAGCUUGUUCAAGGGGAUGUCAUCGUUUCUAACCAUCCUGAGUAUGGUGGUACUCAUCUCCCCGAUAUCACAGUCAUAACACCUGCUUUUGAUAAAACCGGCGACAGGAUCUUAUUUUAUGUUGCAUCACGGGCUCACCAUGCUGAUAUCGGCGGCAUUCUACCUGGAAGUAUGCCUCCACACUCUCGAGAGCUUUAUCAAGAAGGAGCUGCUAUUAAAUCGGAGAAGCUUGUGAGUGCAGGAAGGUUUAACGAAGAGCGAAUCACCCAACUACUACUUUCAGAGCCUGCAAAAUAUCCGGGCUGUAGUGGAACGAGGUGUCUUGGAGACAACAUUUCAGAUUUGAAAGCUCAAAUAUCGAGCAACAUGAAGGGAAUUAAUCUCAUCUCUAGUCUCAUCGAUGAGUACGGCGAAGAUGUAGUGAACUUUUAUAUGGCCAAUAUUCAGAACAAUGCAGAACACAGCGUCCGGAACCUCUUGAAAGAGGUGAGCAGGAGAUUCGAAGGCCAGGAUCUAUCAGCUGUCGAUUACAUGGAUGAUGGAAGUCCAAUCAAGCUUAAAAUUAGCAUUGACGCUGAGAAGGGAGAAGCAAUCUUUGAUUUCGAUGGUACAGGUCCGGAAGUAUAUGGUAAUACUAACGCUCCCCAAGCGGUUACUUACAGCGCAAUAAUAUACUGUCUGCGUUGCCUAAUCUCAGAGGAUAUACCACUCAACCAAGGCUGCCUGAAACCCAUCAAAGUAUUGAUACCCCCCAAAUCUUUUCUGUCGCCUUCAGAUAAAGCUGCCGUGGUGGGAGGUAAUGUACUUACCUCGCAACGAGUCACAGAUGUCAUCUUCAGGGCAUUCCAGGCGUGUGCAGCAAGUCAGGGGUGUUGUAACAAUUUGACUUUCGGGUUUGGGGGCAAUGUCGAAGGAGAGAAGGAAAUGAAAGGGUUUGGAUACUAUGAGACAAUUGCCGGCGGCUCUGGGGCAGGCAAGGACUGGGAUGGUACGGAUGGGGUUCAUACACAUAUGACAAACACUCGUAUAACAGAUGCUGAAGUUUUCGAGCGGCGAUACCCUGUUAUUUUGAGGGAAUUUUCGUUGCGCGCCGGGUCUGGGGGUAAAGGCCAACACCGUGGCGGAAACGGCGUGGUUCGCGAUAUUGAAUUCCGUAUGCCAGAGACACAGGUAUCUAUACUCAGCGAACGCCGAGUCUACCGCCCUUAUGGUCUUGCCGGUGGUGAAGAUGCGGAAUGCGGGUUGAAUAUCUGGGUACGCAGAGUUGAAACGAGUAAUCCUCAGCGCUCGGAUAAGAUGCUCAACGGCGAUGGAGGCGAGAUUGAUGAUGUUGUGUUUGAAGAAAGAAGAAUCAAUUUAGGUGGCAAAAACACGGCGCUCAUGAAAUCUGGCGAGAGGAUUAUCAUCUGCACACCGGGGGGUGGCGGUUGGGGAAGGGUCGGGGAUGAGAAGGAGUUGAGAGCGAAGGAUAAGGACCCUAAGCAUGCUUGGAAAGGGGGAAGUCAUGCGAACAGAGAAGAUAUGGCACUUCAAGCAUAG